AUGUCAGAACUAGCUACCUCUACUCUUGAAAUAGACAAGUAUUUCACUUUAAAGAACGAAUGGUCUUUGCCGGAAUAUCUAUUAUACCGCCAAAAAUGUGCUGAUUUCCAGUUAGACAAGCAUAGAGAACACUCCCUGUACACUCGAGGCCUCUCAACUAUACUGAAUAUGAAAGAGGCAAGCGAGGCUACAAUAAAAAAGGCUGGAAAUGCGCUUGUUACUUUUCAAUGGAUGGGUCUAAGGGACAAUAGUUCUUUGGAUGGGGCCCGACCUGCGUUCAACCACCCACAUUUCCUGACUAAGAUCGGAAUCUGGAAAAGCAUUACUUCGUCACAAAAACGGAAAUUUGCUUCAGUAGCUGAACGCAUGGCUCUGACGGAAGAACAUAUCACUGACGUUGUUUCCUCGACAUUCGAACAAGAACGGAUAUUACGCGAUGAGAUUACAAAACAAGGGCUAAUUGUGCGAAGUAAAUUUGCGAAAUGUUUGGAAGAUACGGAUCUUGAAGAUUGUUCGAGCAAACGUCGAUGUCACCAAGUAGAUUAUGAACUAUCACAUACUCCCGAACACCAAAUGCAUCAUCCAUCGAUCUUGUCCUCAAGUGAAAAGACAACUAAACCACCAAAAAGGAAGUCAACAAGAAAAAGGGAGGACACAUUGCCUGGUGGUGCAAAAAUUGAGAAGGCGACUCCCCUGAAUCUGCUACCGUCGGAUAAUGAUGAUUCCACUGAAGAGUAUAAUGAUGAUAACGAUGACGAAGAAGGUUUCCCUUCCCCAGAAGAAACUCUCGAUCUCAUUCUUAACAAUCAAAGUAGCUGGAUCUUGCCCUCGAAUCUAAAUGUUGGCGAUAUUUUCGCUAAGAAAAUAUCUGAAAAUGCGGAGGCAACGAAAAAGAAAAAGAAAUUAUCAGCUAUAGAAAAAGCUGUAUUACGCUAUGGUUUAUCACAAAUAAUCGAUCUAUCGGCUCAUAUGAAACAAUGGUUUUCUCUCGAAGAUAGAAGAUUUAUGAUGAAGGAUUACAUGUCUUUAUUACAAGUUCCCUGCCUGAAAGACGAAGAAACUUCCUUUGUCACAACUAUCGAAAAUAUGGUUCUCGAAAAAAGAAUAAACGAAGCAUACGAAUUUUGCGCUAGAAAAUUUAUUAGCUCCGAGGCGAACAGCUACAUGCGAAAGAUUAGUAAAGAUUCUGCACACACUGAGAUUGACAUAAUACUAAAAGCAUGUUCAUAUAUUGUUGAAGGACUGAGAAAGAGUCUGGUAGUAAAACAAAGAUGGGGAGAGUCAUUCUGCCCAUUGAGAAGAAACACGGACUAUAAAAAUGGUCGCAAGUGUGAUGUGCGCUUCUUGUCACAAUCAGGAGUAGACCUUGGAGAAUGGGAGUUCGCGUCAAAUGCAACACCACAAAAGGCAAUUGGCGACCGUUGUCGAUCAGCUCGUAUUAAUCAAUCGAUAUUAAAUGGUCUGUUGAAUCGCAACCUGACCAAUGAACAGGUUAAGAAAAUCAAUGUUCCCUUUUUACAGAUUGCGGGUACGAAUGGGCAGAUGUUAAUUGAGGAUUUGAUUGAGGGUUUCUAUGUUGUCUUUCCGGGUCCAAAGUUUGAGCUUCCCACGAAGCUUCAACAUAUUGGAAAGCUGAAAUCCUCUGUAAACAUUAUCAAGUUUGUCAUGGAUAUGUAUGAGAAGAUAGGUGAAAUCGUGGAGACCAAAGAAAGUAGGAAUAAUGCGUUUGAUGAUAUUUUCGAUAGUGAUGAGCUUGACACGAGUCGACCCACCCAUUAUAAGUCGGAAUAUAUUCGUAAACCGUGGUGGACCCCGAAAAGCAAUAAAGCAAAAGUCACCGACAACAAAUAG